AUGAAAACAUUUCCCGAAAUCUCAGAAAAUAUUGAUAACAAUACAACAAUUAAUGCAUUCAGCCACAAGAAUAACAGCAACGAUAAUGAUAUCAUGAGGUCCAAUGAUGAAGGUGCAAAUGUAUUAAAACUAUUAGAUAUUUUUAAAACCCUCACUAAUACAAGUAUAACGGUGGCAUUUCCAAAUGUGUACUUAGCUUACAAAGGUAUUUGCACUUUACCUCCAACGACAGCAAGUGCUGAAAGGUGUUUUUCAAAACUAAAAUUAAUCAAAACCAAUCUUCGCUCAACAAUAUCAGAAUCCAAACUUGAUCAUUUGAUGUUGAUUUCGUGUAACGCUGAUAUUGAUAUACCAAAAUAUUAA